AUGAGUAAAAGAGUGAGCUUCAGUUAUGACUCUAUGGCUGAAGAUCCAAAUAUCUUCAACAAAACUGUGGUAACAGCAAAAUCACUACAACACAAGGGCCAUAAUCGGCGUUCCGAAUGCGACGUUCAGUCUCCGGAAAGCAUCUCCUCCACCACCCCUAGAGCAUUUUUAGCCGAGAAGUUCCUGAAACGUGUGGGAGCAAAGGUGACAAGAGCUCUGAGUAUUGUAUCUGCAAAAAGUUCUUCACGGAGGGAGGUAUCUUCGUCGAAUUUGCUACGGUCGAGGUCUGUUGCGCUUGAUUCUCAGAGGGCUGAAGCUGUUGAAGAUUGCAUUGAGUUCUUGAAUUCUUCUUCUUCUUUGCAUAAAUCCAACUCCGCUUCUUGA